CAACAGUGUGCGCCUGGUGCUCGUAGCGAUGCAGGUUUCGCUGUGCGCAAAUUCGUACGGAUUUGGACAGAUAGUGAUUCAGUUUGAUCGAACAAUCGUUUAAUUUUUAAAGGGAACGAUAGAACGUGAAAGCAAGCCUCGUAGAUAAAAGGAAUUUCAUUCAUUCCCGUCCAAAGAUGUCUGUGGCCUCGUCAAGGCUCAGCAGUGUAUCCUCGAUAUUGAAAAGCCCAGGCAUUAGAGCAAAAGUUGUCAACCAGGCAAACAGAGUACAGUUCAAACUUCCCAAAAAUCUCAAGGAUAUAUUGCUCAACUUCGAAAGUGGGAUAAAUCACAAACAAUAUGAAAAUCUUGUGUGUACCAUUCGUGACUCGGAUAUUAGGGAAAGCGAGUUGAUAGAGUUACUGACGGAGACACACGCUUGUAUCACGCUACUUGGCCCGUCCCAUAGAUUAUUUAUCGAGGCACUGCUGACGCUUAAUUGGACAACCAGAUCGUUGCAAGUAACGACGAUCUACAAAGAAUUCCUUGAAGAUCUAGUAUCUGCUCAUAACUAUCAUGCCAAGCUUAUAAUAGACAAGCUAGUAGAUCGAUUUAAAUCCGAAGAGGACGACAAUGCUACAGAAUGGGAAUUUGCCAAAUCAAAAAAACAGGAUCUGCAAACGUUAAGACACGUGCAUGACGUCCUGCGGAUGCUUAUGAAAAUUAUUCCCAUGGCUACCGACCUUUUGUUACAAUCACUUGUGGCGAACUACCCAUACUGGAGGCUCAACACGCAAAGACAUGAAAUUUACAUAUACGCCCUUCUUCAAAUACUGGAGUAUGCCCCACAUCUCAGAUCUGACAUUCUCUCGCUUAUAAUCAACAGGCUAAUUGUUUUGGACGUUUAUGCGCCACGAUCUGAAAUAGACGAGUGCGAAGACGACGAAGAUAUGGAUGAAAGUGACGAUGGCGCACAGUUCGUAUUCACAUUAGACGAAGUGCAGGGUGACGCGAUAAAAAAUGAGAAACAGAAGGAAAUACGAAAAAUGAAACAUCCUGUUGCGAACACCUUGGACGUGUGCAUGGAGCAGGUGCUUGCAUAUAUAUAUAACUGCUGCCACAAUCAGGGAAUACUCAACUGGGAAUCAUUGAAAAGUCUCUAUCACGAUCUCCUAAAGAUGUUUGAACAAAUAAUAUUGCCCACGCACGCCAGCCAUCACGUACAGUUUAUCAUGUUCUAUAUUUGUAGUUUUAAACCGACAGUAUCCGAAGCCUUUGUAAAUUGGCUGUGGCAGAAAGUCUCUGACCCAAACGUUGCCCCUGUUAUACGACAAUCUUCCGUAUCCUAUAUCGCCAGUCUACUCGCCAGAGCAACAUUUAUUCAACUUGAAGUGAUCAAAUCAACGUUAUUGAAAAUGUCGAUGUGGAUACACAGCUACAUAUCAUCGCAAGAUAGCCUUGAGUGCGCUAAUAGCGAUGUAAGGGUGCACGCGGUAUUUUAUGCCGUAUGCCAGGCAAUGUUUUAUGUCAUUGCUUUUAGGCACAAGCAUCUCGUUGAGACAAGAAAAAACUUGUUGUUCCUUCAAAGCCUGAAUCUGACGAAGAUUAUAGCAUGUCGACUGAAUCCAUUAAAAGUUUGCCAACCGGCAGUAGUGCGGAAUUUCGCGGCUAUAACGCGCACCUACCAGUUGGCCUACUGUUACACAAUAAUCGAACACAACGCUCGGAGUAAUCUACCCGUCGUUCAAAGUACCAACCGUGUCACUCUGUGGCUGGAUACUUUCUUUCCUUUUGACCCCUACAUUCUCCUGAGAAGUGGCCGAAGAUUUACUUCGAUUUACAUGGUAUAUCAAGGCAGUGCAACCGAUGAGGAAUCAACAUUGACCACUUGCAGAGAUGACAAUGACGAUGACGAUUUUAUGGAUGAAACCUCAAUUCCAUUGUCGAGCUCGUGCAAUCACAUGGAUGUCUUCUCUUAUGGAACAUCACCUGGUUUCUUGCAACCCUGAACAUUCAACACUGUGUAGGGACUCGCGAUGUCCCACGUUUUGUCAUAAAAUUCCUACACACGCUAGUCUUUAUCAUGAUGCUGAACUUUGGCGGUUGAACGCCAUUGAACUACACUAUACUAAUGUCCUCGGGUACCUCGUCCUGCUGACCAAGUAACACAGUCAGCGCAUGCUCCAAGUUUU